GCAUUUUACUCAUCCUGAUGUCCUUGAUCGGGUUCCAGUUGCGUUUUUGAUUCUUGGUGGUAUUCUUCUUGCAUUACAAAUAAUUGGAUUUAUAUUAUUGCGUCCAAAGCCACUUGAAAGUACACAAGAUCAAGAUACAGAACUGGUUGUGCGGAAUAGAGUAAAUUCUGAUCCUAAUCCAGUUAUUGGAUGUCUGCGUUCAACCCAAACAACUGUUUCGUCAUAUAGACUUUUAUCUUUUAUG